GUUGAAUGAAUGGAGGUCUACAACAUGUUUAGUUCCUUCUGUUCAAAAAUAUUUCAAUAUUCUUUCCUCAGUCUUCUCCUCUCAGAUGUCUACUGCUCAGAGUCUGCGUCUCCUCCAAUGUUACUCUAAGCCAGGCACCUUUAGAUAUGGGCCUGGUGCCAUUCGCCAAUUCAGUCUCAGUGUGCUGAGAGAGGGCUACAAGUUCGUAAAUGCUCAGGAACUGCCAACAGACAUGAAGUCCAUCACUGACCGAGCCGCCAACACCCUCCUGUGGACAGAACUCUUUAGAGGUUUGGGGAUGACCAUGAGUUACCUGUUCCGUGAACCUGCCACCAUCAACUACCCGUUUGAGAAGGGCCCUCUGUCCCCCCGCUUCCGUGGAGAGCACGCCCUCCGCCGCUACCCCAAUGGAGAGGAGCGCUGCAUCGCCUGCAAGUUGUGUGAGGCCGUCUGCCCUGCUCAGGCCAUUACCAUUGAAGCUGAGACUCGAGCUGAUGGUAGCAGGAGAACUACGCGCUAUGACAUUGAUAUGACCAAAUGUAUCUACUGCGGCUUCUGCCAGGAAGCCUGCCCUGUUGAUGCCAUUGUUGAGGUGAAGGCUGGGACAGUGGGAGGGGUGAGGUAGGAACAGGGGACUGCUGAAUGCUGAAGUCCCAGGAUACAAUCCCAAGUUGACUGCAUAAUCCACUUACCUGUUUGCAUCAACUGCAGGAGGUCAAGCAGGGGUCAUCUGAUGUCCUUUAGGUUGGAUCAACACCAGCCUCUGGAAAGAUUUCAUGACUGCAGAGCGCAGUGGACCUUUAGUCAUGUAAUACUGUGAUGUAGGGUAAUGCAUUUGUAUUAA